GCUCUCUUGAAUCAGCGCUAUCGAUGAGGCGUAUUGCCAGGUUCGCAUUUUCUGGAGAGAGCAGCUGGUGAUGUGGCUGUAAGACAUCGAUACAUUAAACGUGCUCCAACUUUCCUCACCAACGGUAUUCUUCUUUGGCAGCAUUCUAGAGCCCGUCAUGAUCCGCCUUAUGGGUAAUCGCAGUGAAGCAAUCUAUAUAGCAUUCCGGGUCCCAGUCUCUAGGUUUGCGAUCUCCUUUACCGCUCACGCUCCUUCUGUCAUACCACUUGCAGCACCAUCCCUUUGAUCAAGGCCAAUCAUUUAUAACCAACACCAAUCUUCAUCGUAAUACCACAAACCUCCUCGCUCAACAUGCAUUUCAUCAAUACGCUCCUUCUCAGUGCCAGUGCCGCUUCCAUGGCCGCCGCAGCCACCACACCCCAAUACCUCACUCUCGGCAGUCUCAACUCCAACACGCCCAGCGGCAUAACAACACCCGCCUACUCCAUCAUCAGCUUCCCCAUCACCGACUCCAAGACCAAAGCCAGCACCACCUGCACCGUAAAAUGGGAUUGGACAAAGAAACCCUCUUCUUCAUACACCGCUUGCACAGACAACUCAUUCAGCGUCAAGGUGUCCAACUACAACUCGAUUACAGACUUCAAGUUGGACUUGCAACAUCAGUACAAUACAAAGACUGGAAAGAAGUGUGUUAAUGCUAAUGGGACUGGGUGUACUACUACUCUGGCUUCUACGACUGUGUCGAAGAGUAGUGCUGGGUUCCAGACUUAUUGUGGUGCUUCGGGGGCGUGUGGUGCUGUUUCGAAGAAGGGUGUUCAGGUUGCUGUUUCUUCGUCCAAGACUGGUACGCAGAAGUAGAGAGACCUCGGUUCAUCUACCAGUGGAUAUGGAAAUGACUACCUUGGUUUUAUAAUAUCAUGUAGGACUUUAUGUUUGUAAUCGUCCUGAAGCCUCGAUUGUGAAGCGCGCAACUCGUUCG